AUGGUCCCUCCGCAAAGAACGGGAUCAUUUUCUCCAAACCCAGCUCAGACUCUCCAGACUGGAAGCAAUCAUUCUCCCCAUCCAUCGCACGCUGGCGUCCUCAGUGCUGGCGCAAGCCCCAGCACCAGCAGUCCGACAGGGCCCAACUCCGUGACGAAGAUUGUUGUAGCACAAGUCUACCUCUUACUGAGCACUAUCAAGGAAGAAAAGGAGGAUACGUCCAAGUGGGAUUCGAGGGGUGCACAGCUACAAAAACUCAUCGAUGAGAACGGAAUGGAGGUUUUUUCAAAAUACUUCACCCGGCUGGUUGCCGGAAAUGCCGCUCAGAUAUUUCCCAGCCUCAAUCGGCCGGUCACGGGUUCCGGCAACUACCAUAUCCUGGUAGUCGAAAUGCGAAAGAUUGCACAUGAGCCAGAACAAGCCAGGAAAAUAGCGGAGUCAGUCGAAAGUGGAACGGAAGACAUUUUUCGAGAUUUUGAUCUCUCGACAUUCAUGGAGAACUUCAAGCUUGAUGCUUUGGAGAAGACGCUUCUGGCCUUGGCUUUCAAGAUUGGGUCGCGUUCGGACCUCAAAACGAAAGCCCUGGUGGUUGACCGGUUUAUACAAUACCACCCACCAAGCUUCAACGCCUCUUCCCGACGUGAUUUACAGACUUACGUAGCCAAGCGAUAUAUCAGUAUGGACCAGGCCCCUCCAUCUGAGGUUUUGGCUGCGCUGGAUAUCGGUCGAGUUUUGGCCGAUCGGCCUGCGAAUGCUCUGGCAAGAUAUAUCCAAAAGACUGGUUCUGAAUUCACUAGGGACGAGGAGGCUUGUAUCCUGUACCUGCAGAAUCGUCCUAACAACAUCCAGCUUAAUCCCGAACAAGUCUCCGCCGCUUUAACAUAUGUCACAAUUAGCCAAUCCCCAGAACACGACCCCACUAUCCUCGUCAAUGCGCUACAACGAGUGAUUGGAAAGUCCUUCGAUUGGAAUGAGACGGUUUUGUUCUUCGAUCAGCCAUCAGCGCGCAUUUCGUCUUUCCAGUUCCUUCGGCUUUAUACUGCAUUGCUACCAAUUGCAAAAGACCCGAAAUACAACUUCGAUAUCCAGAGACUUUGGGGUGGGUCUUGGAGUGAACCAGAAGCUCAGCUAUCUUUUGUGAGCGCGUAUGCAUCUUUGGCCCCAAAUCAGCUUGAUGCAACAACUGUUCCUGGCUUAAAGAGGAGUAUCUCCAUCGAAGAUUACGUCAACUCGCCGGCAAACGUGCGAGAAAGAGCUGCAGUAGCUGUCAAACACCCUCUGGUGUCUGUCGCUGCUCUUUCCGCAAUUUUUAACGUUGCAUUGAACUCUGUCCAUGCGUCACAGAGCGUCGAGGCCAAGCGGUUAUUUCAAGAGGUUGUCGUCCCGAACUUGGACAUCUUCUUGGUCUCGGCUCUUGAGGUUCCGCGAGACACAUGGGCCCCGAUGGCCGUGGAUACAUUAACUUCGCUAUUUGAAAACUUUUUGUACAAACGCUCCCCAGAGUAUGAUUUCGUUUUGGACAGCCUGUGGAGGAAAGACAAGGAUUGGGUGAUUCAACGAUUGAUUGAUGCCCAUGCUGUUAAACCUGUGGAUCUUCCCCUCAUCUUUGAACAUGCAUUGCGGCAUAAUUGGCUCGACGUUCUAGUCUACCUCCCAAACGGUUUUGGUAUUGAUCUCGCUGCUCUGGCUCAUACCGAAGGCUAUUUGGACUUGAGCAGUUGGGCAAGCUUUAACGCGGAGAGAAGUGCAGAAAUAUCCCGCACACUUUUGCAAUUUCUUUUGAUCAAGGCAGAAUUGGAGAUACGGUACCAACGGCCAGCUGACGGCCAACUGCCCAUGAAAUCAAGUACAAGCCUUCAAGUUCGUACGGUGUCGGCACUAUUGCAAAUUCUGGAGGACUUCCUGCCCAAGGCACCCGUACAAGACCUUAUCAUGGUUCAGCGUCUGUGCAUCACGGCAUAUCCUCGAUUGAUCAAUUAUGGCGAAGGCUACGAUAAUGUCAUUGACGAAAACGGGAAGGACGGCAAUGGCUUGCCAGUCGCAGCCAACAGCAAAAUGGAAGAUCAUUAUAAGAAGAUGUACGGCGGCGAAGAAGACGUGCGCACCAUUGUGGACAUCUUGAGGGAAUAUAAGCACUCUAAAGAUCCUUUAGAUCAGGACACUUUCGCCUGCAUGAUCCAUGGCUUGUUCGAUGAGUACAAUCAUUACCAGGACUAUCCACUUGAGGCAUUGGCUACGACUGCCGUACUCUUUGGUGGCAUCAUCUCUCACAAACUAAUAUCAGACUUGUCAUUGAAGAUUGGGCUUGGCAUGAUACUCGAAGCUGUCCGAGACCACUCGCUCGACAAACCGAUGUUCAAGUUUGGACUUCAGGCCCUGAUACAGCUCUACGUGCGUUUCCAGGAGUGGCCGGGCUUUUGUCGACAAUUACUGCAAAUACCGGGUCUUCAAGGCACCGAAGCCUUUAAGAGGGCUGAAGAUGCUGUUCACGACCACGAAGGAGACCUUGUUCGCUCUAGCAAUGGAGCCGGCACACCCCUUGCACUAGCAUUCAAUUCGGAUACUUUUGCUAAUGGUGCCUCCGAUGAGCAACCUGGGGCCGACGCACAAGCUCCUGCUUUUACCGCAAUCGACGUUGACUCCACCAUCCCUGGCAUCGAGUUCGAAGAACCAGGCGAGGAGGAGCAGGGCAAGAUCCAGUUUGUGUUGAAUAACAUUACCGAAGGUACUAUUCAGUCUAUGCGAAAUGAGCUACGGGAAAUGCUUGAGCGCAAGCAUCAGCAGUGGUUUGCCAGCCAUCUAGUGGAAGAACGUGCCAAAAUGCAGCCCAAUUAUCAUCACGUUUAUCUCGACCUUGUAACUGUCCUGCAAGAUAAGGCGCUUUGGGAUGAGGUUCUCCGAGAAACAUAUAUCAGCGUGUCAAGAAUGCUGAAUUCGGAAACGACAAUGCAAAACUCCACCGAGCGGACGCAUCUCAAGAACCUGGGUGGUUGGCUCGGCUUGCUGACCUUGGCGAGAGAUCGCCCUAUCCGGCACAGGAACAUUGCGUUCAAGCAGCUGCUCAUCGAGGCCCAUGACACGAAGAGGCUCAUAAUCGUCAUCCCCUUCGUUUGCAAGGUUCUGAUCCAGGGCGCCUCGUCUACCGUCUUUCGUCCCCCGAAUCCCUGGCUUAUGGAUAUCAUUCAUUUGCUGAUUGAAUUAUAUCAUCAUGCAGAAUUGAAGCUCAAUCUCAAAUUCGAGAUAGAGGUCCUCUGCAAGGGUCUGAACCUCGACCAUAAGAGCAUUGAGCCGUCUGGCGAAAUUCUCAAUCGGCCCGCUUUGGAGGAAGCGACAGACGCACUAGGUCCUGAGCAACUAGAAGCGUUCGAAAAUAUAUCAUUGAACGGACUUGGGUCUACGGUUGGCGCAGGCAUUUCUACGCAGUCUGUAGCUGCUACAAUUCCCGACCUCGGCCCCCUGAUCACUAUUCCACCUACCAAUGAAAUGGUCAUCAGCACAACACGGCUGCACGAAAUUGUCCGAAGUGCUAUGACCCGAGCACUACAAGAUAUAAUCCAGCCUGUCGUCGAUAGAUCCGUCACUAUCGCGGCGAUAUCGACGGCGCAAAUGGUUCGAAAGGAUUUUGUGACAGAACCAGACGAGAACCGCAUGCGCGCCUCUGCGGUGAGCAUGGUCAAAGCAACCGCUGGCGGCCUGGCCUUGGUUACCUCAAAAGAGCCUUUACGAGCCAAUUUGACCAACCACAUGCGCAACUUUUCCAGCGAUCUUCCCUCCGGCCUUCCUGAAGGCACCAUCAUCAUGUGCGUAAACAGCAACCUCGACCUUGCUCUCAGCAUCAUUGAAAAGCAAGCAGAGGAACGAGCUGUGCCAGAAAUUGAGGACAUGAUUGAAUCGGAUCUCGAAGCCAGACGACGACAUCGUUUGCAGCACCCCAACGAGCCAUUCUUUGCAGCAACUGUGAACCGCUGGGCAAUGACUAUCCCAAAUCCAUUCAAGUUGUCUCCCACCUCCAAUGGUCUCAAUCCAGAGCAAAUGGCUAUUUACGAAGAUUUUGCAAGACAAUCGCGAACUACACCAGCCGCGGCGCCCACACACGCAGCAUCAGCUUCAGAUACCACGCGAACUCUGGCCAACGAGGUGCUUCAGGAGCCAUACACAAAUAUUCCCAAUAUUCCUACGCCCGCAGAGACCCCUUCAAUCCAGCAUUUAGGCACACAGAUGCAGCCCUAUGCACCUGUGCAGACUGCUGCUGCCAAUGCCAUGCCCAGUGGGCGCAAUGCUGGUUUUCACCAGAUGGAUGUCAGGACCUUGGCCGAUAAAGUGAACAGAUUGCUCCAGGAACUGCUGAGAGUUGCAGGCGAGGCUCGGGAGGAUCAUUUUUUGGAUCUCCCCAGGCCACAUCUCGUCCUCGACGUUGUCGACGCCCUUGUUCAGUUGAUUAUUAAGACGUCUCAGAACUCAGAGGAAUUUGCCAUUUACGCAGCUGAGCAGAUCAGUGCGCUCAUCUUCCAACAGGUGGAGGAUAACCUUACGCUCGAGAGCCUGGUUCAUGUGCUGGAAACCCUACGCAAAAUUUCCGGCCCUGCUUUGAAUAGCCGUGUACGUGCCCUGUUUAGCCAGCAGCCGGGAUCGAACUUUUUAAAUCUGCCUCUCCUUGCAGCCCUCAUUCGCACCGACUUGCUUGAUUGGAGAAACAUUGAUCUGGCAAUGUCCAAGGCCAUCGAAGCCCGUAAAGAUGGCUCACUCGAAUUUCUCGAACACAUGCUUGACCUAGCGUUGCUGAACAACCGCCCAAUCGCGCUGUACGCCGACUUUAUUCGAACUCUAGAAACUGCCUGGGCCUGGAUAUCUGAGGAACCUGGCAGCGCCGCUGGACAGAGGCUGAAGGCGAAGCUGAUGGGCUCAGGACUGCCUCAGCCAUCCCGGGUCCCUACAGACGUGGACAGUCAAGCAACAGUCUUCCGACAAGACCAAAUGGAAUAUGUGUUUGAAGAAUGGGUCCAUCUCUGGAACAACCAGAACGCACUCGACAAAUCCAUCACCGUCUUCAUUCAGCAGCUGCAAGCGAAGCAAAUUGUUCGUGAUAAAGAUGACCUUUUUGUCUUCAUUCGGACUGCCAUAGACUUGUCCGUUGAUCGAUUCGAGCAUAUUCUCCAUGUCGGCGCUAUAGGCGAUGCAUAUGUCAUGAUUGAUGCCCUUGCCAAACUCAUAAGCAUGUUGAUUAGCCUGCAUGAGGAUGCCUCGAGCUCCCGUGCUUCGUUCCUCGACUCAAUUCUGGUGUUGAUCACUUUAGUCCUCAACCACCAUCAUGUCAAGAGAGGCGAACAACUGAACCAAAGGGUCUUCUUCCGCUUGUUAUCAAUGUUGCUGCAUGAGGUGCACAACGAAUCUGAGAACCUUUCAGAGCAGGAGAAGCGAAACAUGAUGCUGAAAUUUGCUGCUAGGUUCAGUGACUUGGGUCCUCUGCGACUCCCUGGUUUCACUUUUGCGUGGCUCUCUCUUAUCCAACACCGAGUUUUCUUGCCUGUCAUACUUCAGAUGCCGGACAACGCUGGAUGGGGCCUCUACGUCAAUCUGGUGGUUCAGCUACUCGACAGCCUGAGCGAGCAACUGAAGGCUUUCAACGUUUUGACCGUAUCGAAAGAAGUCUACAGGGCAACCCUCAAGCUUCUGAUUGUACUGCAGCACGACUUCCCCGAUUUCGUCGCGGGCAACCAUAUCAGGCUUUGCGCCAGCAUUCCUCCUCACUGCACCCAGCUGCUCAACUCUGUGCUCUCAGCCAAUCCUCAACAGGGAUAUACCAAAUUGCCAGAUGGGAAAGAGGAUAUCAAGACGUACCUUGGCUUGAUUGAAGAAGCCAAAGCAAUGUUGCAAGACGGUGGGCUGUUGGAUUUGGUAGAUCAAACUAUACAUGCCGGCCCUUCGGAAGACAUUGUCGCCCAGAUCGCCCAUGCCAUGACACAAAGCGAGCCGCAAGAGACUUCGUACGGGCAUAUCAGCGUUGCGGCUAACCCUUACGUGAUUGGCUCCCUUCUAGUUUAUAUUGGCAAUCAAGCAGCUGAAAGACUGUCCCAGACAUCUUCGUCCAUUGCGAUCACGGGCAGCGAGCCAGAAGUAUCUACAUUGUCGCUCCUCGUCCAUGAAUUGGCGCCAGAAGCUAGAUACUAUUUGAUUGCCGGCAUGGUGAAUCAACUACGGUUCCCGAAUAGCCUUACGGAAUUUUUCAGCCAGGUGCUUCUCCAUAUUUUUGGAAAGGAUCUGAACGAUCCUGAAGAAUCGGACAUUCGCCAGGAGAUUAUUCGAGUGUUUCUGGAGCGACUGGUGGGUUACUGGCCUCAGCCAUGGGGUCUCAUGUUGACGGUUUUGGAACUGGUGAAAAACGAAAAGUACAUGUUCUUUGAUCUUCCUUUUGUCAAAUCAAUCCCAGAGGUUGCCGAUAGGUUCGCGGCCAUUCUUCAGAGACCUUAA